AUGGCCAGCAUUUCAAAUGAUAAUAUUACAACCACUGAUCGUUCUACUUCAUUGCAUGGAUUUAAAUUACUUAUUGUUAUGUUUGGUCUAGGUUGUUCUGUGUGUUUAGCCGCAUUGGACCAAACAGUCGUUGCUACUUCUUCGCCUAAAAUAAUUUCGGAUUUCAAUGCAUUGAAUAAAAUCUCUUGGGUUGCCGGAGCAUACUUGCUUACUGAAGUCUCUCUUCAACCAAUUUAUGGAAAGUUAUCUAAUAUUUUUGGCCGCAAGGGGACUAUAUUGUUCUCUGGUUUUGUUUUUGAGCUGGGCAGCUUACUAUGUGGUCUUACACAAAAUAUGAUUUCAUUUAUAAUAUUUCGUGCUAUUGCUGGUGUUGGUGGCGACAUAGUUAGUGCUAAAGAUGUUGGAAAGUACCAGAGUAUUGUCAAUGCAUGCUAUGGUAUCUCUACUGUAGUUGGACCUAUUUUGGGUGGUCUUUUUACAGAUCAUGUUAGUUGGAGGGCAGUAAUAAUUAUCACAGUGACUUUUAGUCUUUAUUCACCAAAACAAACAGCCUUUCUUAAGAAGAUCAAGAGACUCGAUAUUAUUGGUAUUGCUAUAAUUAUUGUAUCAACAAUUUGUAUAUUGCUACCUCUUAAUUGGGGUGGUAAUGUUUAUGCCUGGAUCAGUCCCAUUAUUAUAGUGUCCUUUUGUGUUGGCGUGGUCGGUUAUGCUUUAUUUGGCUUUGUUGAAGGUUAUGUAGCUGUUGAGCAUAUUGCUCCACUAGCCUUUUUGCAAGGAAUGUUAUUCUUUAGUUUUAUUAUUUAUGCACCUAUCUACUUUCAAGCGGUAAAAGGUUAUUCUGCUACCAUGGCCGGAGUGGCAUUAGCACCCUGCGUUCUUGGAUUUUCAAUAGCUGCAGCCCUAACGGGUCAACUAUAUUCUCGAACCAAAAAAUGGCCUGGCGAAUUGAUUGGGUUCAUGGUCAUAGCUGGAUUUGGAGCUGGUAUAAUUUUUCAAGAUGUUUUAUUAUGCUGUCAAGAGUCUAUUGAACAUAAAGAUAUA